AUGGCGAUUACAGUAAGCGAAUUGUUGAAUGGAGUGGCGUCCAGGUUGAUUUACGAGGGGUCGCCAUGUGAUAGUCAUCCAUGUUGGAACGAAGGAAAGUGUAUGUUGAACGGGUCAUCAAAUUACUUUUGCGAGUGUCCACCAGCUUUCAUAGGUCUACAAUGUGAAUACCGGCUUUUCGAAAUCUGCCGGUCAGUCCGGUGUCGUACAUCCCCUUCUCCCAUCUGUGACAUCGGAAGUUUCUUCGCCAACUGCUCCUUUGUCAAUCAACAAGGUACGUGUAAAAUAAAACACACACCAGGAACCAAAACUCAUUGA